CCGCCAUUCCGAUUCCUCUAUAUUUCACCUACGUUCAACUAUUAAAACUAUGUGAAAAUCCCCAACGGAGUCCCAAACAAGAUGAAUUUCGCUCCAUUCACGGGGCACAUUCCAUCUGGUACCGGAUUGCCGACCAUACAACAGUUUGCGGCAAAGUUUGGCUACGAGGGUGGGGGAAGUGUGGUUAACAGUGGUGGCGUGGUGCAGGAUAGAAGUUAUCAGGCUCCCGGGGUUCAGUUUACUGUAUCCCCUGGUGGGGCCGUAGCUGUGGACGGCAUGAAGUUCCGACAAGGAGAAAGUGUGGUCGUAAUGAGCAACCCACAACAGGGUGCCGUCACACUAGCUGGGAUUGGAACUAUGCCGACUGGUGUAAAGUACCAAACAAUAACUUCAUCAUCAACAGUUAAUGUCGGGAAUAUUGCUUACACCGGGCAGUAUAUUACUGAAGAUCACCUCAAAGAGAGGGACAAACGGGAAUAUCGUGAGGAGUUGCAACAAGAUAUAAUGGCUACUAUGAUGCAGCAACAGCAAGUAACCCAAGCACCACUCCAGCAAGGAACUCAGCAGCUACUAGUUGUUCUGCAUGAGCCAAAAGAGGCAGCCGCCCUCGCCCGCGCACUGAAGCAAGAUGUUCGCCAAGAUCGCACUGUUACGGCUGCACCAGCCGAGUUUAUCAGUAUCAGCGAUAUGUCAGAUGGAACCUGGCAAACAAUAGGAAGUGGAGUGGCGGACUAUUUAGCAGCAUUACCUUUGCCAUUGCAUCAUCUACUAAAGUACUCUACACCUGAAAAGAGAGAUGAAACAAACAUCAUAGCCACUGCAACUGCUCCUAAUAUCACCAGUUUAACACAGAUCGCUCCAAAUAAUGAGCAUAGCGUGGUGGUACAGAAUACAAAUAUAGUUAACGCUGUGACCACGCACACACAAGGAACGAAUACGGGCGAUUCCAACUCGCUCUACUACAGUAACGGAAGAAAGAAGAAGAAAAAGAAAGAUAUUCAAAUUAAGAAGCCGAGACCGAAGCCUGGAGAGAUACGGAUAACCACCGCUCUAGAUGGCAGCACGCUGUAUUGCUGCCCGGAGUGUCAUAUGGCGUACCCUGAACGAGAUCUCGUUGAUCAACACCUUGUGGGACAUACUAUGGAGAGAAAGUUUAUCUGUGACAUUUGCAACGCGGCAUUAAAACGCAAGGAUCAUUUAACGCGCCACAAGCAAUCUCACAACGCGGAGAGGCCACACGUCUGUUCAGUUUGUUUGAAGGCCUUCAAACGGAAAGAACAGCUGACUCUACACUUCAUCAUACAUUCGGGCGAAAAACGACACAUCUGCAACGAGUGUGGAAAAGGUUUCUACCGUAAGGACCACUUACGAAAACACACGCGUUCACACAUCGCUCGCCGAGUUAAGGCGGAGUUGUCACAAGAAACAACCACGCCACCUCUAUCACAGGUUGCGCCGGCGCCUCCUCUAGAGCCGUCUUGACAAGGUGCUAUAGACGACUUCUGAAAAUCGUAAUUAUUAUUAAAAAGCAAAAACAUUGCUAUUGUACAACAAAGAUCUGAAACGCCUAUCUAAUAAAUAUUUAGUAAUUUAAUUGGCGUACGUUCUAAUUCUGAUGUACACGGUUUAUCUAAACCAAAGUCGUAAAAAGUACAGGAAAAUUUUAGUCGGCUUUUGCUGUAACUUAAAUAGAAAUUAUUUCAACAUUGAAAUUAAGGUUUGACUAAAGAUGAUGAUGAUGUCAAAAACGAUUUUUUUCAUGAAUGGAUCAGUCGAGUUUUACAGAAUAAACCAAACGCUUUCGUUAACAUAAAAUAAUUAAAGAAAGUUCUAGAAUAAUUUAAGGAAAUGUACAUCCGAAUUAGACCCAUAAUUGCAUAGUGCGUGUAAACUACGCUUUAUCGUAGAAAAACAGACCAAAUUCAAAAUUGUCUUAACUUUUAAAGUUUAAAAAUGUUAUUAUAUUGUUAUUUUUGUUGAUGUUUAGGACAAUUCAUUAAAUAUUUGGCGAACGAAAUUGUUGAUAAUCAUUAAAAAUUUGCAAUGAAUUUAGUACAAAAUGUUAGAAAUAUGCGCCAUUUACUAAACUGUUGAACAAAUUUGAACACCAUUUUUCUAGCAACGGCUUUGGUAUAAUAUAAUAAUUUUCAUGCCAAAAUUGGCGUCUGCCCAAGUCUCGCAACACUUAGAAAGUAAAUAAUUCUUUAACUAAUUGAGGUUCGUAAAUUUGUUAUUAGAAUGUAGUUAUAUUUAUAUUAACAUACAAUAAUUUUAAAUUUCCAAUUUGUUGUAGAAAAUUAGCUGCAAUACUUAUAACAUAUCUAGUGUUAUUACGAAUUAAAUAAAUAUUA